UAAUAAGGCAAGGCGUAAGCGUUCACGUGUCGCCAUGUGGACGGCUUUAUUCCCAAGAUAAGUAAUUGCGGCUCCUAGACGGCCAGAUAUGUCAAACUCUCUCCUUUCGCCACAUGUCCCAAUUAUAUACGAAGUACCAUCGAUUAUGGUACCCUAAACUAAACUAGUACUCAAAAAACAGCAUAUUCUUUUUUAUUUUUUUUUAAAUUUAAUUUGUAUAUAUAGCAAGCCUCUUUUUUCUUUUCUUUUCUCCUUAAACCGAAGGUAGAUCACAAGGCCAAAAAAAAAAAAAUAGCUCUGCUUCUCACUUGCUUUUACUUCUGUCUAUGUACUCUGUUCCAUGGAGUGGAAAAGAGGACACCCGAUCGGCCGUGGAGCCACCUCAACAGUCUAUCUCGCCACGGACAACGAUUCAGGCGAACUAUUAGCCGUUAAGUCAACGGAUCUUUCUUCUUGUUUGGUUUUCUUGAGGAAAGAAAAGAGUUUUCUUUCAAAGCUAAGCUCUUCUUACAUUGUAAAGUACUUGGAUUAUUUUGUCACUACAAAUGAUCAAAACAACUGUUCUCGCACACACAAUCUUUGCAUGGAGUAUAUGACCGGUGGCACACUUUCCGAUGAGAUCAGACGGCGAGGAGGGAGGCUUGAUGAAUCUUUGAUCAAGCUCUACACGUAUCAGAUUCUUCAAGGUUUGGAUUACCUUCAUGGGAAAGGACUAGCUCAUUGUGACAUCAAGAGCCAGAAUAUCUUGGUUGGUGAAGAGGGUGUCAAAAUUGCUGAUUUGGGCUGUGCUAAAUUGGUGAGAAGAGUUGAUUGGAUCGAAGAUGAAGAUUUGUACGAGUGGGAUGCUGCAUCUAAAAUCUCUGGGACACCGGCUUUUAUGGCGCCGGAAGUGGCGCGUGGGGAACAGCAGGGUGUUGAAGCUGAUGUAUGGGCUUUAGGAUGUACAAUAAUUGAGAUGGCCACCGGUGGUGGACCUUGGCCGGAGUUGAAUGAUCCGGCUUCGGCGCUUUACCAUAUAGGAUAUAGGAAUUGCUUGCCAGAGCUUCCAAGUUGGCUGUCGGAGGAAGGAAAGGACUUCUUGAGCAUGUGUUUAAAGAGGGACUCAAAGGAGAGGUGGACAGCUAAGGAACUUGUUGGCCACAGAUUUGUUCAAGUGUUGGAGUCUCAUUUGGGACAAUAUGAGGCCCAAAAGACAUCUCCUAGUGGUGUUUUGGAUAGAGACUUGUGGGAUUUGUUGGAACUGUCGGAGUCUAAUAAUAGUAGUAGUAGUAAUGAAGAGGUUCAACUUGAUGUCUCGUUUUUGAGUUCAGCAGCUAAGGAAAGGAUAAAGGUUUUGAUUGGUAGUGGUGACACAUUUUCUUGUCUUCCAUGCACACCUGAUUGGGGUUGGAGUAGUGAUGAUAAUGAUGAUUGGUUCACUGUUAGAAGCAAUGAUUUUGAAGAAGACCCAGUUCUGGAUUCUACUACUACAACAUCUUUCGAUUCAAUUUUUCACGAACAAGGAGAGAUUGUUUAUCCCUCAUUAUUUGAUGAAAUGUCGUUUGAUUAUUAUUAUUCUGUUGAAUCUAUUAGUACAAAUAUUAGUUGUGAAACAAGUUUUGUUAUGACAUGUAAUGAUGUUGAUCUCCAACUCCAAAACGAAAGUACAAAUAAAGAAAAGAAAUCAAUUUUUUCCCACUGUCACUAUGGAUUCAUACCUUUUACUUUCUUGUUUUCUCAUUCUCAAUAUUUUUUAUUUGAGUUAAUUACGGGAAAAUUUUCAAAAGUUUUACUUCCUUAACUAGCAAUUAAACCUCCAAACUCAAGCCCAUUUUGUUAGCAAUUUGUCAUUCUAUUUAUUUUUGGUUGUUAAGAGUGAUGGUAAAAUGUCCAUGUGUAUAUAUUGUAUACAUAGUACAAUUCAA